AUGAAAAUCAGGGAGAGAGGGAGAGAAAGCGAGAGAGUUAGAUUGAUUUCUCAAUUCAAUCGUUUUAUCCCAACAAAAUCGAAACCUGAUAGAGAGCGAGAGACUGGGUUAAGGUUCAUGAUUAAGGGUGGUGGUUUCAGCCGCGAUUGUGGCAGUGUUGGUUAUCGAGGAGGUGCACGCUCUAAAGGAGGUGAUGGAUACAGCCGUGGUGGAGGUGGUUACGGUGGAGGGGGCGGCGGCCGAUAUGUUGGUGGAGGCUAUGGCAGUGGACGUGACCGUGGUAUGGUGAUGGUGGAUCUAGAUUGUGCAAGGACGGACUGUGCUGUCUUGAUUCCAACGUAA